CUGCGGGUCGGUCGCCUGCGCGCAGGAGGCGACGGGGGAGCGAUGUCCGCAACCCCUCCCCCAGCGCCCCGGGCGGGAUGAGGGUCUCGCACGGAGGGGCGGGCGGUGCCGGAAUGCGCGUGCGCGCCCGUGGGCGCCGGGGAGGGCCGGUCUGGACGUCGCUCGCGCGCCCCCUGGGCUCCCCUCCCCCACCCGCUGGUGCGCCCGCGCGGAAACCGGCCGUGGGGGGAGGGGUCCGGGGCGCGCGCUGGCGCGCCCCUCGCGGAACGACCAGCGUCGUGCGUUCCUUAGGGGCGCGCUCUCGACUGCAGCACGCGGCGUCCAAACCCGGCCCGGGGGCGGCGAGGGAAAAGCGCGCGAGAGGUCUCGGCGCGCGCGCCCCACCCAAGGCUGUUCCUUUCUGCGCGUCACCCUCCCUCGGCAGCCGGCAUUGUGGGGUCUUGGCUCUUUCUGAAGAGGAGUCUUGGCUCAGGUGUUUGGGUCCUCCAUAUCUGAAGUUCUAAGUCACCAGUUUUAUCCAAA